AUGACUUCGUCCUACCUUCCGUCACAAAAUACAACGUUCGCCCAGGAAACAGGUGAACAGAGACUUGCCCUGUUGCACAACGCAUGCAGACAAGAUUUCCCAGAAACAGAACAACUGGCGCCAUCUGACGGCGACAAAAUCCUUGUCAGUGAAAAACACAGUCUAGGUUACUGCAAUGUGCCGAAAGUAGGGUCGUCGUUCUGGUUUGCGACAUUUGCCAUCUUGGAAGACUCUGUGUGGAACACGUCGUCGCCAAAUGAACUGGUGUCUCGACUUGUCGAGGAUGUUCCGAAGAAGACUGCAGUGAAGUCUUAUAGAAAGCUGAGUUCUACAGCUCGACAAGACCUAAACCAACACGGCCACAUGUUUCUGUUCGUGAGAGACCCCUACCAGCGUUUGUUGUCUACGUACGUCAACAAAUUCCUCAGCCCUAACGCCUUCUACUGGGGCAGCUUUGGUAAGCAGAUAAUAGCCGACUACAGACCCGGUGCCUCACAACACUCUAAAAAGUGCGGCCACGACGUCACUCUCAGCGAAUUCCUCCGCUACGUCACGGAGUCGAAUGACUCUGAUCCUCACUGGACGUCUGUUUACCACCUCUGUUCUCCGUGCCACUACGCCUACAAGUUUAUCGGGAAGGCGGAAUCGUUUGAGGAAGAUGCGGUCCAGCUGCUGAUACGCUUUAACAUGACACGCAAAGUUCUGUACAAGCCUCAGUACGACAAGGACGUAAGUUUUUACAUGAGGUUGAAAAUAGAGCAAUUUAUUGAUCACUAUCGUCGUGUAAAACAUUGCCUUACUUUACCAGAACUAGUGGAUCGACUUUGGGAAACGUUCAAAGCUAAAGGUUAUCUAAAACUAACGGAUAAGCCUCCCCUGAGAGCGCUAUAUCACUAUGAUAUAGACUCUCAGGAAUUCAAGGACGUGUUGUUUGAAGUGGCGGUAGCCAGAUACAAGCUCCUUUCGUUGGAUGGCCGGAUGUCUAGCGUCGGGGAGCAGUUCGUACGACAAAGAUUUGGACAAAUAGAGCUGGACAUCUUACACAGAAUAAAGGUCAAAUUCUGGGCGGAUUUCGCUUUAUUCGGUUACAACCCUGAACCAAGGCACCUGUUUCAGCGCCCAAACAUAUCUGUUUUUCUAUUCGUUAACUUUCUGUUUUUGGUCUGCGUUUUCAGUUUAUGCGCCGUUUGCUUCAAACUAGACAUUUGCUCUUUUCACAAAAUAAAACUACGGUUUUAA